AUGAAAUAUUUUUUCAUUAUUUGGUUUGCUUAUUUGACUCUCGGGAAUUCAAUAGUAGGAAAAAAAGCAUCAGGUAAUCAUAGUUAUUAUUUGUUAGAAUAGUUUUUUCCACAUAUAAUGGAUUGGCUCAAAAAAUAAGAAUAGAAGGUGGAUCAAGCUUUGGCUUUUAGUGCUCUCACUGAAAUCAUUUAAUAAACAGACGAAGAACUAUCUCAAAAUACUGAAAAUUCAGAGUUUAUCAAGUCAUUUUAAUAAUAAGUAUUCUGUUAGAGUAACAUUAUUAAGAUUUUGUAAUAUUGUAAAGAAAAAAAAGAGUUUGAGUAUGUUAGGAUAGAAAGUAUAGAGAAUUUCAUUAAAGAUGAACUCUAGCAUAAUUCUAACUACUUCAAAAUUAUGAUCAAGGAUAAAGAAAAAAUGAUUGAUUAAGAUAAUAAAGAAUUAGAAAAAGUAAAAAAAUCCAUCAAAGAUCAUAGUAAAUUGCAAGAUAAACUAAAUGAUAUUUAAGAAUUACUCUAAGAAAUAUAAAUUAGUAUAAUGAAAUAUUUAUCUAUUAGACUUACAAAUUGGAACUGCAGAAAAAUUAUAUAAAACUUUAGAAAUAAUUGAGUCAAAAGCAGUUAUAGGUUUAUUUAAACAACAAUCUGAAGAGAUAUAGCUUUAUUUAACUCAUGUAGACUUGCUAUUCAAAACGAAAAAUUUUCAAUAAGAUUAAGUAAUUCUUGAUUUUUAUCUAAGUUUGAAAUAAUAAAUCUGAUUUCAAUGAUAAAGAAUGUAUUGUUAGACAUGAAAUUUAGCAUACAAAUAAAAAUGCAAGAUGAUAAUAUGGCUACUUUUGAAACAAUGAAAUUUUUUGAAAAUACUAAAACUACUCAUUAAAUAGCAUUGGAAUAUUUUAAGAAUGAAUCUAUUUAAUUCUUAGGUAAUAGAUUAUUGUAUAAACAAUCAUAGGCAAUUUAAUAAAAACAUGGGAAUAAUCAUUUGAGAAUUAAAAUGGAAUAUACAAAGAUAAUUUAGAAUUUUGUUAGACCAUUAAAAAAUUAUCAGAUGAGACUAAUAAAAUUGAUGAUUCUCUUAAUUCAACCCCACAAUUUAAAAAAUACUCUCUAAAAAAGACAGAAGUCUAAUUCUUAAAGCAUUCGAAUUGA